CCGAAACCUAAAUUCAGAGAGAGAGAGAGAGAGAAACACAAAGAUGGCGAAGCACUUGGCUUCAAUGUUUGCGACGGAGAAGGACAGGGUGAACUGCCCUUUCUACUUCAAGAUCGGCGCUUGCAGACACGGCGAUCGGUGCGCCAGGAUCCACACGAAGCCCAGCGUCAGCCCGACUCUGUUGCUCUCCAAUAUGUACCAGAGGCCCGAUAUGAUCACCCCCGGCGUCACCGCCCAGGGCCACCCUCUCGACCCCCGCCAGAUGCAAUCCAAUUUCGAGGACUUUUAUGAGGAUCUCUUUCAAGAGUUGAGCAAGUACGGGGAAAUUGAAAGGUUGAAUGUCUGCGACAACAUAGCUGACCACAUGGUGGGCAAUGUAUAUGUUCAGUUUAGUGAGGAAGAACAUGCCGCAAAUGCACUCAAGAAUCUGACUGGAAGAUUUUAUGCUGGGCGUCCUAUCAUUGUGGAGUUCUCUCCAGUGACAGACUUCCGUGAAGCCACCUGCAGGCAAUAUGAUGAAAAUACGUGCAAUCGUGGUGGAUAUUGCAACUUCAUGCAUCUGAAGAGGAUUGGGAGCCAAUUGAGACGUGAGCUGUUUAGGAAUUCUCGACGAAGGCAUAGCCGGAGUCGAAGCAGGAGUCGCAGCCCGAACAGGCAUAGCAGAAGGUAUGAUGGUGGGGAUCAAAGAAGUUACAAGACUUUAAGCCCUGGUCGAAGUAGGCGGGAACGCAGUAGAAGCAGGAGCACUGAGAGGAGAAGGAGAAGACAACCCAGUCCAGUCAGAGAAGGCAGUGAGGAGAGACGAGCCAAAAUUCAGCAGUGGAACAGGGAAAGAGAACAAAACGAAACAGCUUCUAAGGAUGUCACUGACAAUAAUGGCCACGCUGAAACUGGAAAUUAUGAGAAUGGUUACGAGUAACAACAUCAUUUGCAGCACUGAGUAGGGUGGUGUGCAGGUUUACACAUGUGAUAUGGAUUUCAAAUGACUUUGCCUUCAUAUUGUGUGACUGCAUGUGUUUUUUUUAAUCAAAAUCAUUUUAAGCCAAAGGCAAUUGUCUAUGUCACCUAGAGAGACGUGAGACAUUGCAUUUUUGUCUAUAUGGCAACUGGACUCUCUUUCAUCCCUUUAGGAUAGAGAGGAGCUCUUGAAAACCAAUAAGUAGAGUUAGGUCAUCCUUCGACCUUCAAGCUGAAACUUUCCAUACUGGUCCGGCCCUCUCCCAUCCCGGUUUCCUACUCUUAGCUUGCACCAUUCACUGUCUUUUUCCCUGCAAUCAAAGUUGUCACUUUUGCUUUUGAGUUGGCAACUACAUGAAUACAUGAUUAUGCAAAUCUAGAGAAACUAUAGGAACAACGUAGGUAUCUUGGAGAGCAAUAAGGGUAAAGUUAUUGUAUAUAAGAAACUAUUUGGAAAGGGAUUUUUUCUGUGGAAUCUGGAAAGUACCAUAUUAGAAUCUGAAUCUUAUUUGCUAUUUAAAAUAAAAACCAUUCACCUGUUUUUGGGCCAUAUAUUUUCAAAUAGGCCUGUGGUUUGCAGGCAAUUGAUUUUUGUUCUUUGCUUGUGUUGCAUACAUUUGUAGUCGGGGAUUCCUUGAGUAUUACGCAUCUUUGCUUGCGUUGCAUACUUUUUACUGUUUUUAGUUAGGUGUUCCUUAAGUAGCAUGUUUGUUUGCUUGGGCUGCAUAAUUUAUAGUCAGGGGUUCCUUCAGUUCCUUGAGCCACCACAAAGUAAAGACUAGUGACAGAUCAGAGUAUCACGGUUCUGUUGUCAGUUUCUUGUCUUCUCUUUUUUAUGUACACAGAUGAUAGUCAUGGUCUUACAUCUUUAACUAGUUUUGCAGGUUCAGGUAUCCCUGUAUUUGAGGUAUCACAUGUUCCCAUUUGAGUUGCAGCUUACCGUGGAAUUUGUUUACAGGUUGGCUCAGCAUGUUUGCAGGAAUCGUCAAUGUCUUAUCGGAUGCAGCAGCCAAUUAGUUUUUUGCUUUUCUUUCAUUCUCUUCCUUUUCAAUGAUAUCAGUAUUUGGAUUGUACUAGUAAAUGGAUUAUCUGCGGAGAUGAUAUAUCAAUAUGUUUUAUUUGUGGAGAUGAUAUAUUUGGGAGUAA